CCUUUGUUCUUUCGGGGAAAAAACAAGUUGCCUACAACAAGCCCUGGGGAAGAGAAGCAAGGGAGACUUAGCCACUGGCAGAACAAACAUGAAUCUGAUGACUUCAGCAGGGCCCACGGCCAAUUCUGUUUUUGUGAUAGCAUCCCACCACGGGUAUCCUGUGAUCUCCGGAGGCAUGUCUCAGGUGCCCCUGUAUCGACUCAACCAAUCCCAAGUCCACCAAAUUCCUGGAAACCAACCUGGUUUGGAGCCGCCUGUGUCUAUGCAACCUGCCCAGAGAUCCUUAAAAGAGGGCAAAGUUUUAGGGGCCAUCCAGAUCCUGAUCGGCCUGAUACACAUUGGCCUGGGCUUCAUCCUGGGGACCAUCCUGCCUGGGGGCUACACAGCUAUCUCAUUCUAUGGAGGCUUUCCCUUCUGGGGAGGCAUCUUGUUCAUCAUUUCAGGAUCCCUCUCAGUGGCAUCAGAACAGCAACCAAGAUCUUCUUGCCUGCUGAAAGGUAGCAUGGGCCUGAGUAUCACCAGUGCAAUCUGCUCUGUGUUUGGAAUCAUGCUCUUCAUUGCAGAUAUGGUUUUCAACUCCCUAAAUGUCCACAGCAGCUCCCAUCCUUACAGUGACAUAGCCUCUGGAGUAGCUACUUCUGCCAUGCUGUUCCUCUUUAUCCUCCUGGAGUUCUGCAUUGCCUGCAUGUCUGCCCACUUUGGCUGCAAACUGGUCCGCUAUUCACAUAACACGGGUACUGUGGUCUUCCAAACUGUCUACGUGACAAACCCAGUGGCUAAUGCAGAACCAGUGAACUCACCACCGUCUUAUUCCAGUGAGGUCCAGGACUCCAAAUAAGCCAAAGGUUCUAGAAGCGUCGUUCCCUGGAACCAAAAUAGAACUCCCUUUCUGGGCUUCUGAAACUCACCUUCUUCCUUCCCUGACAAACUAAGGAAUGUGUCUCUCCAGCUGUUGGCACCUUGGACUUCAUUCACUUCAGCUUGGUUAAUCAUGCUGUUCCUCCAUUUAAAAGGAGACAGGACUUUAAAGUGGAUUUGAGCAAAGAGGUCCUCCCUAGGACAUCCACCUGUGGGAAGUCCAGUGCACAUAUUCAUGUGCUUACCUGUGUGAGCUUAUGAGCUAGUGAAACAAAUGUCUAGACAACCCCAGCUUCAUUCUCCCAAUCAUUCACUCACUGAAUAAAAGUGCACUGAGCAUUUGA